UUUCCAAACGGUGGCCACAACACUCGACUCCGACGCAUCCAGUAUCCUUUCCGAAUCGCGGUCUCGGACUGCUAGCAACGUUCUUCAUUUUUUUUCUCAUUCUUUCGUCCUUAGAUUCAGCCAAAUCGACCGGUGAUAAUGCCAGCGGAGCACGUGAACCACUUAAAGAGGGACAUUCAUUGGCCUACCGUUUUAUAUUAUAUACAUUUGCACGCGCUUGGGCUCUACGGUCUGAUAUUACUCUUUACCGAAGCCAAAUGGAUGACUCUGUUUUUCACUGCCUUCGUGAUUCUGUGGGGAGCCCUUGGCAUCACGGUCGGAGCGCACAGGCACUGGGCUCACACCGCUUUCCAGGCGUCGGGCCUCGUCAGGCUGAUCCUCAUGAUCGGCCACACGUUUGCCGGCGUGGGCAGCAUAUACGACUGGGUGUUGGCGCACAGGACCCACCACCUGUACUACGGGACCGAGCGCGAUCCGUACAACCACAAGAAAGGCUUCUGGUACAGCCACCUCAUAAGCAACAUGCUCUCCAACCAUCCGGAUAAGGAGAAGCUGGACAGAGACAUUGACAUGACCGACGUCGACUCCGACGGCUACGUGAUAACUCAGAGAUGGUUUUACUGGCUGCUGUUCCCGAUCGUGGGCCUGCUACUGCCGAUCAACGCACCGGCCGAGUACUGGGGCGAAUCGAUCAGGAACGCCGUCUUCAUACUGGGCUUCUUUCGGCUGGCGGUGCUGUGCAACUUCUCCUGGCUGGUCAACAGCUCGAUGCUGAUCUGGGGCCUGAAGCCCGGUGACAAGUAUCCGCCGGAGGACAACACGAUAUUCCUGCUGAGCAAGUCCUACUGGCCGAAUUACCACUACAUGCUGCCGUGGGACUACAAGUGCGGCGAAUUCGGCACUUACGACCGCGGCUGCAGCACCUUCUUCAUCAAGAUCUGGGAGAACCUCGGCCUCGUCGACUCCCUCAAGACGGCCUCGAGCGACGCCAUUCGCGAGGCGCUCUACAAGGCCGCCAGCAAAAAGUGCGACAUCGCCGAGUCGCUCGAGUCGGUGAGGAAGAUCGCCGAGGAGGAAGCCGCCAAGGCCAAGCUUCGCUACCGACACUGACGCCCCGGCGCUCGCUGGCUCGCCCUCUCGUCGACUCCCGAUCCCGGCGCCCACUUGAUUGUUCUCCGUGCAACGAAUAAAGCCGCAUUGUCGUUUCUUUUUUCUACGAAGGAAA